CAUCAUCAAGUCCGACGUAUAUCAACUACCAAAUUGACCUCGAUUCGUCACCAUUUGUAUGGCCAACUCGAAGCAUCCGACUUCGACACCUUCUCUUUUCCGACUCUACACCCUCGCAUGCUGGCCGCAGUGAAUGAGGACUCACUAUGUCAGUGAGAGAAGACGCGGCAAGAAGACUUUGGGGCGCCAACAUUCAGGACGACCGGGCUCGCGAUGAAACAUCCAUCGUCUACAAAUGCCCCUGGAUAAUGUUACGAUACGACGAGAGACUUGAUGGACGGGGGUACUCAAGUCUUGGCGAUUGUAGCAAAUCAGGCCCAUAUUUCUGUCCUUCGAGUACCCCUUCUUCUGCAUUGAAAUUCCUCGUCACAAUGAACUCGGAAAUCCCGCUGAAAGCCCGUGUCGACAUACGGGAUCAAUGGGACUCGCCCAACGCACCUAUACGCACCUCCAUUGCCGCCCUUCAAAAGACUUUGGGCCACAGGAUCUCCCCGCAUGCCGAAUGGCCAGCUCUAUGGAGCCAACUCAAGGACCGCUUCUCCGAUAAAUCCAAAUUCGUGCCUACCAUCGUCAGCAUCGUCGUUGUCUGGUACGAACGGCUCCUCGGAAGACUGGACAAUGAUGUGUUCGCCGACUGGACAGAAGAACUCCUGUCUGCGCUUGAAGGAGGGGCAUCGUUGCGCAUUGAGCCUGCCCCGCCCAAGGUCACCCGUCCGACCACGACGUGGGACAAGGACAUCCGGUCGUUCCAUCUCGGAAUUCCUAACGCAGACCCGAUGUCCCAGGCGCGUGUAGCCAGCAUGCUUGAUAAAGAUUUUGAUGACUUCUUUGUCGGGACGGCAGGUGUCACAGACGAUCAGGAGGACACAGAAUGGGCACAUGUUCCUCUCACCCAACUUGCUACUGCUACUUCUUCCCGUGCCCAACUUGAAGUACCGCUGGACCUGGCCCCUCCUGAACGACUCCCAGUUCUGAGCUCCCUCUCCCGACCAUCAGAUCUCUUCACGUCGACUGUACCUUAUAUCCUCACCGUCUCUCUCCGUGGCCGCAAAGGCCUCGUCGUACACUGCUCCCAUGAGCCGACUCUCGAGCUCCUGAACGAGUAUCUCAAUAAAUGGACAAAGACCAAUGCCCAUGAUAGUAUGCAUCGCCCCAUCUUCAAGAUCACGCUUGUCGAGUCUGAUUUCUGCUUUGGAAUGAUGGAUACUCUUAUCGUCGAACCCUACAUGACGUACCAUAAUGACGUUAACCCCACAAUCAUCCUCGCGUUUGUUGAGGGCAUCUUUGGGUACAGGAUGGUUUACACUACAGCUGCCGCGUACGACUGGUCCAGAAAACAACUGCAGUAG